CGGAAGUUGGUUUGCUGGAUGCGACGGGAUGUCGGUGUUUCGGGUGAAAUAGAGUGAAACACCGUCGAGCUUUGGUUCGAUUCCCCGCGGACAUUUUCUCACAGCGGCGCAGAAACAGCUGGACGGGCAUCAUGCUGGAGUGUGGCAUGCUGGAGCGAGACAGACGGGCUCUGAAGAAACGAUCUGCGGUUCUCUGCAAACAGCUGGUGGUGGACGAGAUGCUCGUCCAGUUACUGCAGGCAGACGACAUCCUGACCGAGAGCAUGGCCGAGGGCAUCAUGGCUGAGAAAACUUCUGUGAAGAAAAGCUGGCAUCUGCUACUUCUUUUACCAAAGCGGGGACCUAGAGCCUUUAGCCUCUUCUGUGCAGCUCUGCGAGAAACUGAGCAGCAGCAUCUGUGCGAGCUGCUCACACAAUCACCAGAAAAAGAUGGUACAGACACACACAUAGAGAGUAUUCAGCCUGAGGAUAAACCAGAGGGAAAGACAGAGCAGCUGGUUUCACAGUCACCAGAAAAGAAGAGAGAGAAAUCCUCAUUAGACAGAGAGGAAAAGAGUGAACUGAGCAGCACCACAUCGUUCCCGGUUCAGGCCUCAGGUGGCUGCCUACGCUCAGAGUCCUCAUUCAGAGGGUUGGUCCCAGUCAGGGAGGAGGACAGGAACGAUGAGAGACAGAGGACGAAGAAAACAGCAAGAGAUAAGAACACAGUUAGGCGUUCAGACUCUUCUCUCCCACAUCCCACCCAGGAGGUUAUUGCAGCCAAAAGAGCAAGGACACAUGAGUCCAUGGAGUUUAGUCUGGAUGCAGACAGUCCCAUCAGCACGCCUGUGCUCCCCUGCACGCCUGACUUUUACCUCUCUCAUUGCCAGCAGUCAUACAGAAUGUCUUCGUCCCCUCGUGGUUUCGCCUUGGUGAUCAGUAAUGUGACCUUUGACCCAUGUGCUGCUGCUGAACUUGACACCAGGAAGGGAGGGGAAGUUGAUGACGAGGUCCUCAGGAAGGUCUUAACAGAGCUGGACUACAUGGUUACUGUCCACAGAGACCUCACUGCUCAGGACAUGAGGUUGUGCAUUGCGAAUUUCUGCCAACGACCAGACCACCGGACAGUGGACAGCUGCGUGGUGUGUGUGCUGUCCCACGGAGUGGACGGAGCUGUGUAUGGUACAGACGGACAGCUCCUGCAGCUGGACUGGAUGUUUGAGGCCUUUGAUAAUUCACACUGUCCACUGCUACAAAAUAAACCCAAGAUGUUCUUCGUCCAGGCCUGCAGGGGAGACGAGAUGGACUGUGGCGUGGAGCAGAUAGACGGACCCACGAGGACGUACUCACCGAGCUGUGAACAGCGAGACGCUGGGAGGGAAGGACAGGGGGACGCAGCCUCCAGGCAGAGAGGAGACAUGGGGAGGCCCAGGAUUAAACUGCCACAGCGGUCUGAUAUGAUCUGCGGUUUUGCAUCUCUCAAAGGUCAGACAAUUAGCACAGCAGCCAUGAGAAACACCAAGAGAGGAUCCUGGUUCAUCCAGGAUAUAAACACAACACUCCGGCUCCAUGCCAGAGACACACACCUCGCCGACAUUCUGGUGCAGGUCAAUGGGCGUAUCAAGGAGCGGGAGGGUUACGCCCCAGGGACCCAGCACCACCGCUGCAAAGAGAUGUCCGAGUUCACCAGCUCCUUGUGCAAAGACCUCUACCUGUUCCCCAAGUACCAGCCCUAGUACCCAUCACAUGCACAUAUGAACUUACUGAGAUCAACACACACAGACCAUUCCAUGCAAUGAAGCCUGUCAAUAAUGGCACACAACUGUGACAGACACACAGACACACACAAACCCUGUUACAACCAAACAGGAUUUAUUCAUUCAUGAUUUCUUUGUAAAUACUGCCUGACAUAUUAGCAUAUAACUCACUCGUUUAUCUGUGUGUCUGUGUCUAUGCCAGUUAGUGGGUUUAGAUUUUAAUCCUUUUAAUCAAAGACAAAUGUAUUUUUUUGUUUUCUCACUGCACAGCUACUUUCAGGUUUCGCAAGUCUCUCUUUUUAAACUGUAUUUUAUACACAGCUCUAUUUUUGUGGCUUUAUUUUGUAUGAGAUUGUUUUUAUAAGAAUGUUAAAUCCCAAUAUGUUUUAUUUGUACCCGUUUGUGAAAUGUUGUGACCAAAUCUUGUUUUCAGUGUAGUGACAGACAGGGGGCAGCACAGCCGAGAGAAAUAAAUGUCAUCGUCUCUCUUUGAUCAAUAUUAUUUAUAUAUGUUCUACAGUUCAAGACGACCUUUACUGUUGUGCUUAUUUUAGCGACAGUCAGCUGCAGCAAUGAUCAAACUGUAAAGUCACGGCUGUUCCUUCUCUUUAUAUCACAUAGUUUGAAUUAUGAAGAGGAAAACUCCUACAAGGCAGCUUCAGAGCAACAUCUCAAAGUGUUUCGAUCCCUUUUUCUGGAUGUUCAAUAAGAACCUUUUUUUUUUUUUUACAAGCUCAAAUGUCAUGAAGGCACCCACUGCAAAUUUCUCCUUAUAUCAUCUGUGUUACUGUGGAUCUGUCAGGGGAAUGUGGUGCUACUUGUGGGGUCUUACACCUUCUGUAUGAACUCUGACCUUUACGCUAUCUGACCCCUAAUGGUGUCUCCCUGUGCGAGUGUGUGCUGGACACUUAGCCCCGCCCCCAACCCCACCACAUUUUGGUGUUAUAGUACUUUAAAGAAAUAUGUAUUUCUUAUGUCUUCCAUAAAAAAAAAAGCAGCAGUCUUCUAUUGCCGCAUGUGCCAUCUGAGGAUACAUUUAUACAUUUACCAUGGUGAUGCUUUCACAGUAUAUCAUAUCACUUAGGCACCCCCGCACAGUGAGGAAAUCUAUUUCUCAAGGCUGCAUGAGCAUCGAUGUUUCCCAGAAAAGACCUGAGCAGGCAAAGUGUGCUUAGUUACAACAGUGUUGUAGAGAAGAAAACAGAAUAUAUGGUUGAACAGUAUUGAUCUGUAAGUAUCUGUAAACAAAGAAACCUUUUAACUCUGUGAGGUGGAGUUGACCCUGAUCUAUGACGUCCUCACUGCUCGAUUUUUUAUAAUUAGGAACGCAAUUUAAAAAACCAAAACAUUGGAGUAGUAUGAAAGGGUAACCCUCCUGCAGAGUGAGACGUUUUCUGAAGGUUGAUAUUUACUGCCAAGUGCUGCUGGCGUGUCAGUGCGGGGGGGCCAGGAGAAGUUUUUAUUUCUGUCAACACCAGUGACUGCCAAAUGUCCUAUACAAUAAACAGGCCACGGCUUUUAAACCAGACAAA